AGCUAAAUUCUGUCUUUUUAUAGCAAUUUUUGUCAUUAUUUUCAGCAGAAUAAUGACAUGUAAGUCAUCCAAAAAAAUUUAAAAUUUUCUCAAGAAAGAAUACAAGGGAGAUGAAAGAAUCAAAGAAACGAAAGUAUUCAACUUGAUCAGAGAAUUUGAGAUGCAGCGAAUGAAGAAAUCUAAAAUCAUUAAGGAUUAUUCUGACGGGUUACUUGAGAUUGCAUAUAAGUUUGACAGAGUUAUUGAGUGCUCUGCAAGUACAAAAACAAUGAAGGAUGAUAAGGCAAGAGAAAUCCAUCGAGGAAGCUCUCAAGCUAAGUUGCAAAUUGGUCCAGCUUCUAUUGAAGGAAAUAAAGGAAAAGAAAAUAAAGAAAUUAUGAAAAAUACGAAGCUACAUCAGCGAGAAAUAAUGCUACUGCCAUCGGUAACAAAAAAGAAGAUAAAUAUCCUCGUUGUCAAUAUUGUGGUAGCAGAAAUCAUUGAUACUUCAAGUGCUGGAGAAAUUCUGAUAUAAAAUAUCCAAAGUGUCAAAAACUUGAUCAUGUCGAGAUUAUCUGUGAGGAUUUACUACGAAAAAAAUAAAGCAAAAAUUGUAGAUCAAAAAUAAGAAGAGCAAUUGUUUAUGACCACCUGUUACGCAAGCAAAAUUCAAGUGAAAGAUGACUUAUUGAUACUGGUUGUACGAACCACAUGACCAGUAAUGAAAAGCUUUUUAAAGAGCUUGGCAGAUCAAAAAAUGAUUGGAGUUAAACAAAUUUUUCGAAUAAA